UAAAAUAGUAGUUAGUUAAACCCUAAAACCCUCAGUAAAUUUGGCGUGCCGUUUCCUUCAACUAUAAUAGCAGCGCCACCCGUUUCCUUCAACUACAAUAGCAGCGCCACCGUAAUUCAAACACUCCGGUUUAAAUCGAAAGUUAUUUGGACUUCUAAAAGCCAUUUUUUCUACAUCCUGCUCUUAUUCCUCUAUUAAAUGGAAACUAAAACCUCCAAUUCCUCUACAAACUUAGUAGAUCAAUUAGUGUAUCCUGGAGAUGUGGUUCUUGACCUCUCUAGCAUGACAAACCAAACUAUUAAGCUCGGAGGCGGUCUACGUCAGGACGGUGAUGUGAUUUCUGUAACGAAGGCCGGCAGGCUUAGGUUCUCCAAGCCAAAUAAAUAUUGGGUUGAAAGUUCUCAAAAGAGGUAUGUGCCCCGUCCAGAGGAUUCGGUUCUAGGAAUUGUUGUUGACUCCAGAUCAGAUAACUUUCUCGUGGAUAUAAAAGGACCUGAAUUAGCAUUUCUACCAGUGCUUGCAUUUGAAGGAGGAACAAGAAGAAAUAUACCUAAGUUUGAGAUAGGUGCUUUGCUCUAUGUACGCGUUGUGAAAGCAAACCCUGGAAUGAAUCCGGAGCUGUCAUGCACUGAUGCCAGUGGGAAAGCAGGAGAGUUUGGUGCCCUAAAGGAAGGCUAUAUGUUUGAGUGUUCAACUGGUCUCUCAAGAAUGCUUCUCAGCUCACCCACAUGUCCGGUACUUGAUACUUUAGGGAAGAAACUCUCUUUCGAGAUAGCAGUUGGCUUAAACGGACGUGUUUGGGUCAAUGCCUCGUCUUCGUCUACAACCAUCAUUGUAGCUAAUGCACUCAUAAACUCAGAGACGUUGAGUGGUGUCCAACAGAAAAUAAUGGCUGAGAAGUUGCUGCAGAGAGCCCAGUGAUCAAGCUAAUCGCACGCCUAUACAUUUUGUCUUCCCAAAUACCAGCCCUUCUGCAGGGCAAGGGCAAUCUAUGAUACUACAACCACUAGCUAAAUGCACAAAUGUAUUUCAACUCAUUGGCUGUUCAAUGCAAGUUACAUGGCAUUUAUAUAAAAUGAUGUGUCAUGUAUUAUUUGUUACUAGGAGUUUAAUUUUCCAUAUUUAUUAUAAAUUGUUAUUUAUAUUGUCCAUUCAUAGAUAUACUAUACUUGCAGUGUUUGCCUAAUUUAAAAUGCGAUGGUAUAAUAUUCUGUUAGUGUUGCUGUUCUA